UUUAUAGAUUAUGUAAGCAUAAUAAAAACAUGUGUAAUUGUAAGAAAAAAGUGUAGUUUUUAAAAAGAUUUCAGGGUAAGCUUCAAACCGGACAAGAAAUAGCUGUCAAGAUACCUAGAAAUAACAGAGAAUUUCUUGAUGAAAUCAAUCUUUUGCCAAAGCUUAGGCACACGAAUCUGAUCCAUCUUCUUGGUUUCUGCUCUGAACAAGACAAACAUUUUCUUGUUUAUGAGUUCAUGCCUAAUUCGAGCCUUGAUCAUUUUAUAUUCGAUCCAUGUAGAGCUUCUCAGCUAAGUUGGGAUAUGUAUCGAAAUAUUGUCAUGGGCAUAGCUCGAGGGUUACAUUACCUUCACGAAGAAUCCGGAUUGCACGUUGUUCACCUCGACAUUAAACCUAGCAACAUUCUUUUGGACGAACAUUUUCAACCGAAAAUCAUGGGGUUUGAACUGGCGAGGCUUAUUCAAGAUGGCGAAAGCGAAGCAGAAUCAACUAUAAUUUUCGGUACCGUUGGGUACGUAGAUCCACAUUUCUACCAAACAUUUCAUUUUUCCGCCAAAUCUGAUGUUUAUGCCUUUGGAGUUACAAUCUUGACGAUCAUAACCAGAAGAAUCAACAAUUACGGUUGGGAGGAAGAAACCCUAAUCCAAUAUGUUUUGAGAUGCUGGACCAGAGGAGAAGCCAUAAAUGUGAUCGAUGAAGUCACGAGAAAAGAAGAAAAAGAAGACUCGAUAAGCGAAAUAUUGAGAUACAUUCACAUUGCUCUGCUCUGUGUCGAUGUCAAUCCAGAGACGAGGCCGAGUAUAGAUGAAGUUCUUCAUUGGUUUAGUUGUUUAUCUACUCCUUUACCUGAACCAAGAAUUGGUAAUCAGUCUCUAGAAGAGGAAGAAACAAAUUGGUUAUCGGCGGCGCCAUCUCCUGGAUAUGGCUCUCCUAUGUCACCUGUGUCUCCGCGUUAGGGAGACUUAAAUGUCAUGGAAUAAAUUUAGCUCUGCUUGAAUGCCCUGUUUACUGCUCGAAUCAAGAUCUAUGUAUUUGAUUAUAUAUCUACAUUCUAUACAUUUAUAAAAUCAGUUUUUGCAUGGAUA